AUGGACCUUGUGGAGAAGAGUCUGAUUAUUACCAAACAUCAUGGAUUCAAGAACCCUAACCGCCCUCCGAUAGUCAAGCGCAAUAAAGCUGCAAGACAACUCCUUUCGGAUGAGCAGAAAUAUCUCCAAAGCAAAAUGCUUGCGUUCGACACCCCGACAUACCCAUCAAUCGCUGCUCCGCCCUCUUUGCUCCCACAGAAACACUACUGUGAUAUUACCGGGCUUGAGGGCAAAUACAAGUCCCCGACUAACCGAUUGAGAUUUCACAAUGUCGAAAUUUACACUGAGGUGAUCAAGAAUAUGAGUCCAAGUGCUGACCAGGAGUACCUCGAACUCCGUGGUGCGAAUGUUGUCCUCAAGUAG